CAAACCGAUAAAACACGUGCCAACAAUGACAGUGAGGCUGCGAUGAGAGAAGAAGGAGAGGCUGCAAGUGCUGAAGAGAAAGACAGAAAGAACUGCUUUUGAAUCUGAGACGCGUGGAAGGUUCACUCAGUUCUAGCUUGGCGAAGCAGUUAUGGCGCGGUGAAGUGACGAAGAAGUGAAGAGGACGAUCCCACCGAGAUUACUUCUGUGGCUCGCCGUAGCAAGCAAUUAAUCAGUGAUUGACAAUCACCUGUUGAUUGUCAGGCUGCCCGUGAGAUGGAGUGUGCAAACGCAGUGACAUGGGACAGAGAAAAGGCAGGAAGAGACUGUAUUGACGCGUUGGAGCGGAUGGAAAAUUGAAAAAUAAACUUCGUGAAAAAGGAUGUCCAGGAGACUCCUGGCAGCAACAGCCUCAGUCUGCGAUGGAAUUCUCAUUGUGCCAGUCUCAAUUCCAAUGUUUAAUUUUUUCAUGCCAUUAUAGAACUCCUUGGACCAGACUAUAGCGUCAGCGUCAAGUGUCAAUAUCGAUCGAUCUUGAUGCGUUGCAGUAGGAGGAACAGCAGGACAGUCAUCCGCCCAAAGGGCUGCGAAAGUCGCUUUUGAACAUGAUCUCUACCAAAACAGAUACCAGAUAUGUUUGUCCGCUUACGUGAACUCGAUGUGCCGAUGUAAACUGUGGAUAUAAGGUAAACGGUCGACCACAGCAGUGUACUACUCGGCAUCUACAGGACUUCGGUGCAGUUUCGAAGACAGCCGAUAGGGGCAGAGUAGAGCCAGUCGUGGCAGUGGUCUUCGGCAUCAGCUGCCGAGGGCGAGAAGCGUGCAAACUUCCCCACGAGCUUCUGUUUCCCCAGCACGCAAUCAUGGGCCACCAAACCCCCGGCUAAAACAGAGCAGGGAGGAUCUCGUCCCUCGGUUUUAAUUCCGUGGUCGUGUCGCCAGAGAAUGGCGAGCUACUACUUGCUACACUACAGUAUAUCGUGUAAUUCUCUUCAUUUGCAUCGUUGUCCUUGUGUUUCAUCCCCUGAUGUGAUGCUGGAAUAAAACAAAAUUGUGCCAAGUUCCAGAUCCAGUCAUGCCGGGCAGAAUACAAUCGGGGCUCAACCUGCAGCGGCAGCUCCUGGAGCCAUGGACGCAGCACACCGUCCGUCCCAGUGGAACGCAAUUAUUACAUCUGUGCGGUAUCAAUGCCAAGUCCAGCACCAGCUUCAGACAGUGCAUUCCAAAAGGACCAUGUCGCUGGAUUAGUGGUGGCAGUCGAUCAUUCUCAUGGUCGGCAUCGGCACGCAAGGCAGCCACAACCACAGCCACACAGGCCGAGCAACAAGCAAAGCCGCAGCUCCCGCUAUGGACGACGAGCAGGGUCCUGCUUCUAGCAGGGGCAUUAGCCUCGAUAGGCUACGUGGUGGGAGUCACCGACGCCGGCAGCCAUGCGGACGAGCUACAGCCUCGUGCGCAAAAGCCGCCCAAGUACGCUACCAAGAAGGAACUGGAAAAGGGCAUCGAGGAGCUCCGCGGCCUGUUGGGCGAAGACUCCAUCAGCACGGACGACGAAGACCUACGCGCCCACGGAUACUCGGAGUGGUCGUCGAUCAACAUCGACCAGUUACCCGUGGUAGUGGCGUACCCGAAAACCACGGAAGAAGUGUCGCAGAUCGCCAAAGUGGCAUGGAAAUACAAAAUCCCCAUGAUUCCGUAUUCGGGAGGUUCAUCGCUCGAGGCCAACUUUUCCGCGCCCUUUGGUGGCAUCAGCAUCGACUUUGCCUUCAUGGACCAGAUCCUGGCCGUGCACGACGAGGACAUGGACGUGGUCGUGCAGCCGGCCGUGCAGUGGAUGGAAUUGAACGACAAGUUGCAGUCGACGGGGCUAUUCUUUCCCGUCGACCCGGGCCCGUCGGCCAAGAUCGGCGGCAUGAUCGGCACCUCGUGCAGCGGAACAAAUGCGUUUCGCUACGGCACCAUGAAGGACUGGGUUAUCAAUCUUACUGUGGUGCUGCCGGACGGGAGAAUCAUCAAGACGAGACGGAGACCGCGCAAGACCUCGGCCGGCUACAACCUAACGGGCAUGUUUGUGGGCGCCGAAGGCACAUUGGGAAUCGUCACCGAAGCAACUCUCAAACUGGCCCCGAUCCCGCCUGAAACAAAGGUCGCCGUCGUCACGUUCCCCACGAUCCGUGAUGCCGCCGCCGCCGCCAUGCAGGUCAUCCGCUCCGGCGUCCCCGUGGCCGCCAUGGAAAUCAUGGACGACGUCCAGAUGUCCGUCAUCAACCGUGCCGGAGGCACCAACCGCACCUGGAAGGAGGUGCCCACCCUCUUCUUCAAGUUCGCGGGGACCCCGGCCAGUGUGCAGGACAAUAUCAAGAUCACCACCCAGAUCGUCAAGAGGAAUAAAUCCGGCGAGAUUCUCUACGCCAAGGACGAUGCCGAAGCCCACAGCCUCUGGAAGGCCCGAAAGGAAGCCCUAUGGAGCAUGCUGUCGCUGCGCCGUCCUGGCGACGAGGUCUGGUCCACCGAUGUCGCUGUCCCCAUCUCCAGACUGCCGGACAUCGUUGAAAGAACGAAAAAGGAGCUGGACGACUUGAACCUUUUUGCUAGUGUUCUGGGCCAUAUCGGCGACGGCAACUUCCACACCUCUAUCAUGUACAACCGCAAAGACCCCAGUGAACGGGAGAGCGUCGAACGCGUCGUGCACAACAUGGUUCAUCGCGCCUUGGGAAUGGAGGGCACCUGUACCGGCGAGCACGGCAUCGGCCUGGGCAAGAAAGAAAGCUUAGUGGAAGAACUCGGACUAGACACCAUCGCAGUCAUGCAAACUGUCAAGCGCAGCCUUGACCCGUACUGGCUGAUGAACCCCGGCAAGAUCUUCGAUCCAGUCCAUGCUGAGGCCACCAAGAGUCAGCCGCAAGCAACGGCUGCGUCAACUCUGGAGAAACCGAAGGACAAAUAGAUGCUUUUCGUGCCAUGGCUACCGGGAGGGAACCCAAGUGGAGAAAUCAAAACAUGAACCACAAGGCCUGCGUAUCGUGCUCGGCCUCCGGGGGCAAGAUUCAAGUGCACGCCAGCACCACUGAAUGAAGAAAUUCUUACUUGGCGAGAUGAAGUCUCCCAAGUACCGCAGCCGCCAGUAACUGGACCAACAGACAAGCACGAGCUUUGUCUAACAUUCUCAUUGUUAAAGUUGCGGCUCAUUUUGCCUAUUUCUGUCCAACCAUCACUGCAAAAGCGUCCUGUAAGCUCAAUCGUCCGAAUUAAUAUGCAAAAUCACUGCAGCACUAUCUAUUUUCGUCACAUCGUAUAUGCACAUAUGUCGACUUGGCGAGUUCAGCAAUCGAGAAGCGCGUCAGGCGACAAAGAAAAUCUUCUCGAGCUUGCGUGUAAGCUUUACGCAAGGCGUGUCGACAAGACGUAGGAAUACAUCGGCCGUCCAGACAACGACGAUAAUGAUGAUGAUUGAAGACUUGAGGAAGUCGAGCUCAAACUGGCGCAGUGUGUCGGGCGUUUCCAGCUCAGGGGUUCGUGGGAGGAUCUAGGAGCACAAUGUUGUUAGCAACAGUCCUUAGCCUUAGCAGACGAAAUAAGCACAGCCUCGGUUUUUCAAUGGAACGCCCCACGUCCUUGAAUGCAAUACUUUCUAGCACAUCCAAGGAGAAUAAAGGCAGGCAGUCCUUUCAAUAUGCUUUGACAUUAUGAAUCGGGUUGGAAGGGGGCGCUCACCGAGUAGCCUAGAGUAUGGAUAACCGGCCCAUGCACCACAUAAAGCGGAAAGCUGAUUUUACCGAGAUACUGAAUGAUCGACCAACAAAAUACUUUUCGACGGAGGUGUUCCAGAUGGCAUGUUGACCAGAUAAUGAGAAUGGCGCCAAUGGUUGGCCAGAAGCGGUGCUUUUGCGUGAAAUGCGGAGGAAUGAGCUGGGUCAGAGUAAUGUAGCCCGGCGUUGCGUGACCAUCGGCGUCCGGAUAAGACAGCAGAAAAAGUGAUAGCAGAAACACAGAAGAGUAGAAGAUCUUUCCAACUGGUUUUGGGUGUUGUGGUGGAGUAGCUGAGCAAGGGAGGUCGGUCGUUUUCGAAGUCCGCAUGAUGUCCAUCUCGGCAAUGAUCAUGCCUGCCCAGAACGGCCAUAAUUCCCACCGAUCCCAAGAGACUCCCCAGACCAUGAGCGCCGAUAAGGUCCAAAUCCGCAACUUGGUUGACAUCCUCGCGACCAUGACAUGGGUGAGGAACAGGGCCAUACUACAGCGAAAUUCCGCCGGAAUGGUCCAUAGAUGCCUGUCGAGUUCAAUUGAGCCCGCGUACAGGGACCAAUCAAACGCAUU